AGCGUGCUGCGUGGUGUAAACGAGGUUUUUUUUGGGUAUUUUUAUUCGUUUUAUUUUAUUUUUGUAUAGAACCUCUAGAUUGUUGUAGUAAUUAUUUAUAGUACUAUUAAAAUUCAAAAUAUACUCACGAAAAGUAUAGAGUACGUUGGCAUUAGGUUGACACAUCAGUAAAUUUAGAAUUUUAUAUUUUUCUAAAAAUAAAAUUGUAAUUAAUAUCUACCGCCCACUGAAAGUAAAUACUAAAACUUAAAAAAUGAGUCAACUAACAGUGAGAAUGCGUAAACAGCUGGGUCUGUUGGAAGGGGUUGCAAUUAUAUUGGGCAUCAUAUUCGGUAGUGGAAUUUUUAUAUCGCCUAAGGACGUGCUAGAGAAAACAGGAUCUGUGUGGGGAUCGCUAUGUGUUUGGGCCGCCUGUGGGGUCUUGGCCACUCUCGGAGCUCUCUCUUAUGCUGAAUUAGGAACUACCCUCGCCCAAAGCGGUGGUGAUUACCACUACAUAAACGAAGCAUAUGGACCGCUGCCUGCAUUCUUGUACUUAUGGGAUGCCAACUUAGUUUUUGUACCAUCAACCAAUGCAAUCAUGGCUCUAACCUUCGCUAACAACGUUUUGAUGCCAUUAUAUCCUGACUGUCCCAUAGACUAUACAUGCAAGAAAUUAGUAGCAGCCGCCACUAUUGGACUCCUAACUUUCAUAAAUGCAUAUGAUAUAAAAUUCACAACACGCAUUCAAAAUGUAUUUAUGUUCACCAAGAUCGCUGCGUUGGUCGUCAUAAUUUUUGGCGGGAUUCUGUGGAUGGCAAAAGGUGGUGUCGAACAUUUUGAUAAUGGCUGGGAUGGAACUGUGUCCUCUGUCAGCGAUUGGUCCGUUGCAUUCUACUUCGGCAUAUUUUCGUACUCUGGAUGGAACUACUUAAACUUCAUGACGGAAGAGCUGAGGAAUCCGUUUAAGAAUCUGCCCCGCGCUAUCUACAUCUCACUACCUAUGGUGACGGCGAUAUAUGUAUUGGCCAACGUGUCAUAUUUGGCUGUACUCGGGCCCGCUAACGUGAGGACUACUGAGGCUAUUGCUGUGGACUUUUCCGUUGCUGCUUUAAGCUACUUCAAAUACGCUAUGCCACCUCUAGUAGCCAUUGCUAUUCUUGGUGGCCUAUCUGUGCAUAUAAUGGCAUCUUCUAGAAUGUGCUUCGCUGGCGCCAGAAACGGCCAUAUGCCAAAAUUAUUGGCGCAUAUCAACGUGAAAUGUAUGUCGCCGAUGCCCUCGCUUGUGUUUUUGAUGCUGAUCUCAAUGGUAAUGCUGAUACCCAAUGAUCUGACGAUGCUGAUAACAUACUGUACCGUGGUAGAGUCCUUCUUCACGACCCUCAGUUGUAGCGCCGUGCUGUGGCUGCGAUACAAGAGACCCGACCUGCCUAGACCUAUUCGGGUUCAACUCUGGAUGCCGGUUAUUUUCGUGGUUAUCUCUGCUGUGCUGAUGGUUGCGCCGGUGGUUUCGCAACCCGUGGCGGUGCUGGGAGGUUUCCUCAUGACGGUCUCCGGUAUACCGGUCUACUAUCUAUUGGUGAAGGCACAGUUCAAAGCCGUCCAGAAUUUCUCAUCUAAAUUCGAACACUUGUGUCAAAAAUUGUUCAUGUGUGCACUCGAAGAUGCCGUCGUCGAGGAAUCAAAAGAAUAAAAAGAGAAGAAGAAAUUUUACUUAAAUAUCAUAAUAAAGAUCUUGAAGCCAAUAUUGACCAAUUACAAUGAAUCUCAAAAAAUGCCAAAGCAGAAUCUGACCAAUCACAAGCAAGUAUCAAGAUGGUCAAGUACGAAAAUCAUUUUUGAAGAAUCCAUAAUGUAUUUUUUACGGUACGCCUAAAAUUUCAAAGAGUAUUUUGAUGUAGAUAUUUUGUAUUAUAAUGCGAUCUACAAAUUACGGUACAGUAAAUGUAGACGCGUAAUUUGUAGAUCUGUGUUUAUGGUUAAACUUAUUAAACAUUGCCACGAUCAAAGUACACUUGGAUAAAGUCUCACUGGGUUUGUACUUUUUAACUCAAAUCGAAGCAAGAAAAAGUAAGAUCAAAGCAG